UUAUUAUUGUAUUAUAGCCCCCCUCCUUUCUCUUCCGUGUAGCAUAAUCCUAUAUUUCCGUCGCAUCUCAUUCCCUUCAUUUCACGUUUGCCGGCCGUUUUCUACUUCCAAUUACACGAAUCCCCACUACCCCUUUCCUUUCAAACUCCCAAAACUGUUAAUUAUUAUUCAUACUCAAACCCCCCAUUUGAUCCAUUUCAAGCUCGCUCUUUCUUCAUAGAUCCACCGGAUUCCGGCCAUGAGUGGCCCAUCUGAAGCUUCAGUGGGUAUUUACACCCUCAAAGAUUCCUACACUUUGUGGGAUUUCUUAAACCAUUCCCCUCUUUGGCAAGAUCGGAUUUUUCAUCUUCUUGCUGCUCUCUACGCCCUCGUUUCUCUUGUUGCUCUGGUACAACUAAUUAGGAUACAACAAAGAGUGCCAGAGUACGGCUGGACUACCCAGAAGGUCUUUCAUUUCCUCAAUUUCUUGGUUAAUGGGGCUAGAUGUCUGAUAUUUCUUUACCGUCGUGAUGUCGAACAGUUGACACCUGAGAUUGCACGGCAUAUGUUGCUUGAUCUGCCAAGUCUUGUAUUUUUCACCACCUAUGCCCUCUUGGUUUUGUUUUGGGCAGAAAUAUACUACCAGGCUAGGGGCGUCUCAACUGAUAAUCUCAGACCAGGUUUCUUUGCAAUCAAUGGAAUUGUUUAUUUAAUUCAGGUUAUUUUGUGGUUAAUCAUCUGGUGGAAGCCUAUCCAUAUCUUGGUGAUUCUCUCAAAGGUUUUCUUUGCAGGGGUCUCUUUAUUUGCAGCCUUGGGCUUUCUUGUUUAUGGAGGAAGGCUAUUUCUAAUGCUGCAACGGUUUCCUGUGGAAUCCAAAGGCCGUCGAAAGAAGUUACAUGAAGUUGGCUAUGUGACAGCAAUCUGCUUCGCAUGUUUCCUUGUGAGAUGUAUCAUGAUGUGCUUCAAUGCGUUCAACAAAGCUGCCAACCUAGACAUACUGGAACAUCCUGUUCUAAACUUUAUAUACUACUUGUUGGUGGAGAUACUACCCUCGGCUCUAGUUCUCUUUAUUUUGAGGAAACUGCCACCAAAGCGUGGGAUCAUACAAUAUCACGCUAUUCGAUAGUCGAUUUAGAAGAGGUCCCAUGAAAAUGUAGCAUCAUAUAGUAAGCUUUGAUCUGUGUUUUAAUGGAGUUUAAAGAUUUCAAAACCCUUCUUAACAAAGGUUUCCUUGGGUUGUGAAAUAUGUUCAUUAUAUUAUAGUAAUUUGUAUUUGUGAAAUAUGUUCAGUUAUUAGUUGUUGAAUCCUUCUAUAGGGGGAUACUAAACCUUGAGUGGAUCAACGUAAUUUAAUUUAAUUAUUUUAUUUUAUUCUAUA